AUGUCAACUUCUAUCCCCGGCUUCCUCCUCCCACGAGGCCCGCCCUCAGCGUUGACCCUGCGCGUCCUUCAACGCCAAACCGCGCGACGCAGCUUCACCUCGACCAGCGCCGCGUUGAGGAAAACCAGUAAAAGCAACACCCCUAAUUCGAAGCCACGCGUCCUCGCGAAGCCCGAUAGGUUCCGCCCGCCCUCACACCCGCAGCGCCUCACAACUCCAUCUCCAAAGAACGCACCCCCAGGCCAACCAUUCGAGUAUGGUCCGCGCACGACAGAGAAAGAGCGCGUGCAGCAGAGCAAGACGCAGUACCCUGGCAUGUUCCCGCCAGAAGGGACAGUCAUGUUUAAGUUCCUGACGAGCAAGUGGAUUCACAUUUGGAUUGCAUUGAGUGUCCUAGUCUCCUGCGCCGGAUUCACCUUCACAACAAACUUCAAAGCAACCUCUCCAUUCGCGCACUUGCUACCAUCCUGGUCGGGUCUGCUGACGUCCCCCAUCGACACGAUCUCGCAGGCAUUCUCUGUGUGGCGCAUGCAUGUGCAGCAUAACUCGAUGCGCGUGCGGGAGCAGCGUCACCGUCGCGUUGAGGAUGCGGAGAAGAGGAAGCAGUACCGUAUUGCGCAUGGACUUGAGGAGGCGGAGCCUGAGAAGAAGGAUGAGGGUGAUAAUGCAGUUGAUUCUCAGUCCCCUGUUGCUGCUGUUGAGGGUGCGGACGGUAAGGCCGAGUUUGUUGAUUGGGAGGGGAAUAAGAAGCCUGUCAAGAAGUGGUUGGGAAUUUGGUGA